ACACACAUAAAUGACAAAAUACCAACAAUUUCGAAAACUCCAUUGUGAUGGCGCGCUAGGGCAGAAGAAGAUACCUCUUUUCACAUGAAAUUCUCCCAAUCAACCAAGUAAUAAUGGGAAGAAUAGUAACUAGAAGCCAGAGUCUUAAAUUAUUAAACAAGUGCAGCACUCACAAUGAUGAUUCAGACUCCAACUCAAAUAGAAGUAAGAGAUGUAAAGUCAUUUCAAAUGUGCUGCUCCCUCAAGACUUGAUGCUUCACAUACUUAAUUUCGUUUCUCUUAAAUGUCUUGUUAACUCUGCAAGAUAUGUUUGCAAACCUUGGGCCACUACUAUUCGAACCUCCCAAUUUGCUCAAGCAUGCCUAACAAAUUCUAAACCCGGUCUUUACGUUGAAAAUUGUGGCUCUGAAAGUAGAUCUUAUUUCUUGGAUAUCAAAAAUUGUGUGAAUGGCCAGUUUGAAUUUGAAAGGACUGAUUUGGGAACACCUUCAAAAAUGGGAAGGAUUGUCACCAGUUGCAAUGGCAUAUUGCUGCUGCUUCACCGCAGUCUUAUGGAAGCACAAACUUUCCUUGUGAACCCCAUCAUCAAGUGUUGGCUUAGAAUUCCUCCUUUACCCAUGUCACGAAAGCGAUUUCAACUUGGGGUUCAGUUUGCUUUAGUGUGUGUUCCUCACACUGCUAAAUUCAAGCUGUUCUACAUAGACAUCCUAGAGGUUUCUGGUGUUUUUUUGUAUGUUUUCUAUGUGCUAACAAUUGGAAUAGAUAGCUCAUGGAAAGAGAUAGAUAGAAAAGAAGCUCCUCGUGACUGGCAUAAUUUAUGGAAACCACUUUAUGAUGGAGGAAAUUAUCUUUACUGGAUAUCUGCACAGUAUGGAAUAACUGUGGUGGAUGUUGACAAGGAAAUUACUGUUAGAAAAUUUUCACUUCCCCCUGUGUCCAUGGAUCCUCAUCCUAUUGCGGAAUUUUUAUGGAUGGGAAAUCUACUUUCUUGCAUUGUGUGUGAGUAUGAAGAUGAUCAUUAUAAGACAUUUCAAAUCUACAUUUUGGAUUUUGAUUCUGAAAAAUGGUCUCUUUACCAUGAGAUGGGACCUUUUGAUUAUGUGGCUGUUUGUGGCCAAGAGCUUAAUAUUACAGUUCUGGCAUUUCGUUAUUGGAUCUGCGAUCAAAUUAUCUUUCGAGUAGCUAUAUUACCAAUGAGAGAAGAAAACUUGCCUGCAGGCAGGUGCACCAUGCAUUUUAGUUACAAUGUCAAGACUAGAAAAGUGACCAAGAUUGAGAGCAUUGCCAUGGCUGAUCAUGAGGUAUGGCUUCACACUAACAGUCUAAUUUCAUUGCCAAGCACUCCAACAUAAUUAGGUUUCUUGGUACAAUAUAUUCAGUGGUAAUCUUUAUAUUUAUCUUUGUUGUGUGCACAAAGUAUUUAUGUUUCUAUUUAAUUAUGAAUGUUGGCUUUGGCCAAACAAAAGAUGAAUUUCUAAGAUGGUUAGUUUAUUUUAUUUAUCAAACUUGGAGAUGGAAACAUUUGAUGUGUGUUUGCUGAGUUCGUCUACUUAUUCUGUUUGAUGAUGGCUUAGUCUUGCGACAAGUUGUGGUCUCUAUUUUUUUUUCUUUUCUUUUAUGCAAAAGCGUGGCAUAUAAUCUAAUUCUAAGUGUGGCAGAUUGGUAUUUGUAUCUGGUUAUUAUUAUUUUUCAUCUUAAAUAUGUAAGUGUUUGAUUCAUUCUUGUUCUUCCCAACAUUUUGAGUUCUGCCAACCUGCCCAACUCUAAGUUCCAUUAAUCCAUACUUAAUGUCAUUUGGAAAACAAAAGUAUGAGGAACUUGAAGAACACGGAAAGAUGAACCUGUGUCUUCAAUAACAAUUCAUGGAAACAGUUCCAUUAAACCAUACCUAAUGUCAUUUGGAAAAAAAAAUGAGGGACUUGAAGAAAGAGCAGCUAGAACAAGUCAUUUUUAUUAAUUCAAUCGUUAACAAAAUCUUAAAUGAAGAAACAUUUAUUCAUAUAUGAUCACCAUUUACAUCUUCUAAAUAGUAGCAUAGCGUGUAAGUCGUGUUCAACAACAAUUAUCAUUACCCCAUAGGAUGUUUCUGUUUACCCAUUUGAGAUUAUAGCCUAAACACUAUGUAACUAACUCCCAAAAUAAGCUAUGAUAGUUGUACGAGUGUGACUUAAGCUUGUUAGCUUAUUUAAGGUGACCUAUUAGCUUUUUGUGACUAACAAUUCAUUAAAUGAAAACAUACUUGAAAAGAUAAAAGAAUUCAUAGUUUAAUUUUUAAUAUGGUAUCACUAAUCGUUAGUUGGUUUAGUGGUGAUUGACGUCGAACUUGGUAGGGAAGACCGCGGUUCGAUUUCCCGCAAUUACGAUCGGUAGGGGGUUGGAAUAUGUUUUAGAAUUACUGUUGUCUUUAUCAAGAGAUUUUUUUAAUCUUUGUAUAGAUCAUGCUUUAUAAGGAUUAAUUGCUAAAUUAGUUCCAACAUACCUCACACCUUCACCGUCACAUGUCACAUGGCUCAAGUAAUUCGUUAUUCUCCCCGUUGUAUUCACAAACUUCGAACAAAGCUUAUUCCCCUUCCUUAUAUUUUUCUCUGAAAAUUUUAGAAAAAACUCAUUGAAGAGAACUUCCAUAUAUGGUGUCAAACAUAUUGAUCCACAUGUCAAUGCUCACAAUUUCAGAGAGUUUGCUGCUUGUUCUCGUGUUCCUUUUAAAUUUCUCAUGAUCAUUAUGCGACAAAGAUUAAUCAUGAGCAAGUAUCAAAUUAUUCAUGUGAUUAAUUGCUUCUUCUUUUUUUGGCUUUGAUCAACAUUAUCUAGUAAAAUCCUUACAUGUUGUGCUCAUGUGUUUGAACCAUGGGAUCACUUUUUUAUGCUAAUUUUUACAUACCAACAAACUUGUGUCAAGGGAAAUCAUCUUUGUAUUCCAGCACACUCAACAAUUCCUCCAUACGAGACUAUCUUCUUCGCAUUCGUAAAAGCGCUGAUGCUCUUGCUUCCAUUGGAGAUUUUGUUCUCAAUGUUGGACAAACGACUCUAAAUACAAAAGGAGGAGUAGUGAAUUGUUCUGGACUAAAACGACUAAGGUCCAAUUCAUCUCAUAUCCACUCCACUUGACCUAAGGUAUAAAUUAGUUCACGCAAAAGUCAGAUACAUUCUCCGAUCUCCACUUUCACUACAUUCAUCUUGAAUCUUGAAUUGACUUGGGCGCUAGAGUGCUAAUUAUGCAGGUCCACCCCGCGCCACCGUGAUUGAGAUCAGCACCACUGUUUCAAGAUCAUCAAUUCUCUAACUACAUCCAUUUUUGAUUCCCAAACGGAAUAGUGGUGGUGUCUGUGUGAAUCAACUUUCGAUUCCUAUAAUUUCCAUAAUUUCAUACCCAAUCUCCGAUUGACCAGUUCAUAACCUCCUCAGGUCACGAAAUCAAGAACGUUCAGAAGCGAAUGCAAAGAUAUGUCUCAGUCGAUUCAAUAAAUCAUCAUUUCAACUACGAUUCAUCAGAUUCCACAUAUCUAAUUGCCUUGAGAACUUCGUAAAACAUCUCUAAUUGCCCUGAGAACUUCGUAAAAUAACAAAAGAAAGAAUCCUAGAUCCAGAUAUGGAUCCACACCAAGAUUACCAGAAAAUGAAGGCAACUUCCUUAAAGAGAAUUCCUAAGAUUCAUCGUCCAUUUUCCGGCGUAAUGUCGCUUGUACUUCGCAUCGCUAACGUGGUACUCAUUGUGGCUACAUCGAAGAUACGACGAGUUCAUAUUUAACAUCAAGCAGAGGUCAGGUACCGGGGCACCUCCUAUAGGUACCACAUGAUCUCCACCUGCUAAGCGGAGGUCUCCUUAGCUCGGAUCUAACAGAUUGGGAUGAAGUAUGCCACACCUUUUCUUUAUCACUUGGGCCAGUCAAGUAACCAAUAUUUAAUGAAGAUGCCAUGAGGAAAAACUCCCCGGACUCUGGUUGCAAGGAGAUCAGUUUGUAGUAGUUUCGUAUUCCCGACCAGCAUCGUCGUUCCAAAGGAAAGACUAAACACAGAGAGCUAUCCAAACUUCUUUUGCAUGGGUCAGAUAGGUAGGUCUGUCGACAAACGUCGUUCACAUCCGACCAUCCUCCUGGGUCCAGGGGAGUCAACCAUAAAUUUGGAUCUCCUAUAAGUAAAUCUAGUUCAAAUGCUCCGAGACACUAAUGGCAUGUGGGUGGAAGAUGAACACCAACUUCAACCUAUGGCAACUUCCUUUUACAAGAAUCUUUUUACUAAAGCUGCUAGAAAAAUGCAUGGUUUCAGACACCUGUUUCUUAUCCUAGAGUUUCCCAAGAGCCUUUAAAUCUUUUAAGUAUUCAUGUGAAUGCUACGAAGGUUAGGCAGGCAGUUAUUGAUAUAGGACCUUGGAAAGCACCUGGACCAGGUGGAUAUCCUGCUGGUUUUUAUCAAAAAAUUGGGAUGUCAUUGGAUCAAAUACUUGUAAUUUUAGAAAGAAAAUGUGUGCUAAUCUAGAUGCGCUUGUUGAGAUUAGUCAAACAAAUAUCUUCUUAAUUUCUAAUGUAUCACAUCUUGAGUUUAUUAAUCAGUUUAGUCUCAUUUCUCUUUAUAAUAAUUUGUAUAAGAUUAUUAACAUAGUGGUUAUAAAUAGGUAGAAGAUUAUUAUUCCUCAAAUUGUGUCUCCUUUUCAAACGGGCUUUGUAUCAGGAGAAGCAUUCAUGAUAAUAUUUUGGUAUCACAAGUAAUGGUUCAUAGCAGGCAUAAGAUGAAAGGGAAUAUGAGAUAUUUUUUUAUUAAAGUUUAUUUAACUAAAGCAUAUGAUAUUUUAAAGUGGUCUUUCAUUGAAAAUAUCUUGAAGGAGGUGGGAUUUUCUUCAGAGCUAAUAACUAUUAUUAUAGCCUCUAUUACAACUGUAACUACUAAUGUGAAAUGGAAUUGAACUAGAUCAUAGUUUUCCAACCCUCUAAGACGUAUCAAAUAAGGAGAUUGUAUUUCUCUGUUCCUCUUUGUUGUUUGUAUGGAUAAAUUGCCUCAUCUUAUUUCUCAUAGUGUGGAGGUAGGCUUUUGGAAAACUCUGGAGGCAAGGUAGAAAUGGUCCUCUCAUAUCUCACUUGAUGUUUGUAGAUGAUAUUUUAUUGUUUGGUCAGGCUACAGAGCUUCAAAUGUUAUUUGUGCUCGAUAUUGUUAAUCAAAUUUGCCUAUUGUCUGGUCAACAAGUGAGUAUUGAUAGAACAAGUAUUUUUUCUCUAUAAACACUUCUAUCUCAGCUCAAUAUUAUUGAGAACGAUGAAUAUGCAAGGGUUGAGUUUGUAGAGGAAGAAUCUGAUGAUGCGGUAAAGUUUGUGUUAUAGAGAUUUUAACUAGCAUCCAAAGAUGAUGGUAACCGAAUAAUUUGUUUAAAACAACUUGUUCUAUCAAGAACAAGGUGUGUAAUCUGAUUGCGGAUAGUGGCACCAUGGAGAAUCUGGUGUCACUGAAAUUGGUAGAAUAUUUGAAGUUGUUCACAAAACCCCAUGAGAAGCCAUACAACCUCGGUUGGGUAAGCAAGGGCUCCCAAGUUCGAGUAACACUAGCUUGUAGAGUUCCUAUCUCCAUCGGAAAUCAUUAUAGAGAAGAGGUACUUUGUGAUGUUCUUGAUAUAGAUGUUUUUCAUAGUAUAGUUGGUAGGCCUUGACAGUUUGAUAAUGAUAUCACUUAGGACGAGAUAACGUGAUGAUGUUUACAUGGGGCGCACUUAAAAUUGUUAUGGCUCCUGUUUUUCAUUUUGAUAAGA